AUGGCGUUCUUAGGUGCCAUCGCCGGUGGCAUCGGCGACCUGAUCAAUGGCGCCGCCAACCGAGCCCACGAAAAGCAGAUGAUGCAGAAACAGCAGGAGAUGCAGGCCCGGCAGCUGGACGCCGACAUGAAGAUGCAUAACGACGAAAUGAACGUCACAAGAGAGAGAGACCGGCGCGAUGGUGACCGCAACGACAAGCUCGCCGACGCCUCCAUUCAGGCAGGCAAGGACGCCAACGCGCUAGACAACAAAAUCGAAGACAAUGACGAGAAGCAAGCCCAAUUCGAGCGCGACGUACAGCAGACAAGCAUUAAUCGGAAGUACGCCCAGCAGGAUAAAGCAAUCGCCAGGGUUGAUAAAAAGCUGGAGCAGAGCGAUGACAACGACUUCAACAUUCGCUCCAGCUUCUUGAAAAGCGCGGGCGCUGCUCUUAUGGAAGCGACGUUCAAGCAGUUCAACAUUCUGAUUGUGACGGAUCAGGAGAACGACGAGUGGGAGACGCCCGUAAAGGAUGAGCUAGCAAGCCAAUUGGUCGAUGUUCAGCUGACUGAUGGAACAAUGGUCAAUUUUGAGGCACGCCUCUUUGCUGAGGGUACUUACAUCCGCAACGGAAGUCAGAAGGCCGAUUCGAUCUGGUGUUAUCCCAACACCGCCCAAGGCAAGACUCCGAUUCCAGCGCCGGGACAGACCGUCCCACAACCAGACAAGAAAAAGUACGUCUUCGAGGAGAUCGAGCGCACCAAGACCGACAAGCAGAUCUUGAACGCCAUCAAGAAGCAGAGCAAGGCCGUGCAGGCUGAGCUCGAGGACAUCAAACGCCAGCGAGCGGAGAUGGACGCCGGCGAUUCCGAAGAGGAGGCGGCGCCAAAGAAGAAGACCAAGAAGGGCAAGAAGGCGCCCCCUCCACCUGAGAGCGAGGAGGAAGAGGAGGAUGACUAUGGUGAGGAGGACGAAGAUGAGGACGACGAGCCAGAAGACGAAGAAGAGGAGGAGGAGGAGGAGGAGGAGGAGGAGGACGAACCCGCGCCCCCUCCUCCGAAGAAAGGCAGCAAGAGCAAGAAAGCCAAAGCCUCCCCAGCCGCCCCGGCCAAGAGCGGCAAGAAACCCAAGAAAGCCGCCUACCAGGAACCGGAGGACGAGGACGAGGAAGAGGAAGAGGAAGAUGAGCCCGCUCCGCCUCCGAAGAAGAAAGCCGGCAAGAAAGCCGCCGCCGCCGCCGCCGCCGCAACCAUGAAUGGCAAGCCAAAGAAGAAGGCUAAGAAACAACCCGUCUAUGAGCCCGAGCCCGAGGAGGAGGAUGAUGAUGACGACGAGGAAGAGGAAGAGGAAGAGGAGGAGGAGACACCGCCGCCCCCACCGCCGAAGAAAAAGAAGGCGACUGCUGGUGCGGCCACGAAGAGCAAGAAGAAGAAGCAGCAGCAGUUGUUGACGCCGGAGCCGGAGUAUGAUGAUGAUGAGGAAGAAGAAGAGGAAGAGGAGGUGGUGAAGCCGAAGAAGGCCAAGAGUCGGAGCAGUAGUAAGGCGCCGAAGGCGAGGGCGAGUUCAAGGGCGAGUUCAAGGGUUCGGUAG